AUGGCGGGUGCAGAGCAAAAGUCGUUCUUGGGGACAUUCACUCCGUGGAGUACACCAAGAAGUUCAACCCCGGCACCGCCUGGCGAUCACCAACAACCAGAUGUCCUACAGCGAUCGCAAGGAGAGGACCACACGGUGACCCACAUGCAUCGAUUAAGCAUGCGACGCUAUCCCUCCGAUUGCCCUCCGUUGAAAGUCAGGUGGUUCUACGCAGUGGACUCUCCCAAGCGGAAACCAUCCAUUAUCGGACAGAAAAAGGCCAAUCAAAAACCCUUGCCGUCGCCGAAGAAAUUUAUACCUUUCCCAGGGAAAGAUUCCCAGUCCAUCGAAACGACGUUUCAGAAACUCUCCGACAUCGAAGAUGCCCGUCAACAAAACCAGCCAAACGACAGUGAACCGGUUUUGUCCAAGGUGCCUGUGAACGAGGAUUUUCUGUUCAAUGUCGAUGUGGAACAACGAGAAUUAAGUCCUACGUACUGGAUUGGCCCUGUAUAUGAAGUCCGUCGGGGAACGUGGUUCAUUCAGGAUGGAUCUACCUUGAAACCAUGUGAAGAAAAUCUCGCUACCCAGCUUGAAGAAGGCUACGUGAAACUGUGUCCCUGGAGGCCCCAGGCACCGGAGCAGAACUCGCAAACAAACGAACAGGCAACCAAAAGUGUGCCAAUGAAUACCCACGAGCCAGAUACCAAACUCCCUCAAUCAGCCAAUCCGAACUCUCCGCCCCGUGGUACGGGAAAUGAUCUCAAUGGCCCUACGGUGGAACCUCAGCAGUAUCGUCUUUUUGGCGCUUACAUGAAUAGGAUUGUGGGUUAUCAAGAUUCCACAACCGCCUGGCUGAUGAAUGAUGAUUUCAUGUCCCGCUUCAGUACUUCGGUGUAUCAAAAGCUAGGAGGCGUUCCAGGAACGAAGUUGGUUCGAGGCUUCGAGCCCAGGAAACCAAAAGAGACACCAGAAGCAAAGGGGUCCAAACAAAAGUCACCGGACGAGUCAAAACCCGCCAGAGGUCUAAAUGAUGUCCUGAAAGAAAAGGCAGAAAAAGCCACGGAUACUCUCAAGUCAACCUCGGCUGAUGGAUUUGAAGGGUACGAGAGUUUACCGAAAUCAACAUUAGAACGCCAAAUGUCCUCCCUUGCGGGUGAGCCGCAAAAUCCAGCUGACCUCGAGGAACAAGCUCGUAGGCAGGAGGAACAGGAGAUGGAGGAGUCGAGAGAACUAGAUGGCACGGACAGAGAGCGCGAGGUUGAUCAUCUAGUUCUCGUCACUCAUGGAAUCGGCCAGCGCCUGGGUUUGCGACUGGAAAGCAUCAAUUUUAUACACGAUGUAAAUGUGCUUCGCAAAACGCUGAAAACCGUCUACAAAGGCUCGCCCGAUCUUCAAGCAUUGAAUUCAGCGUUCCCAGACAGCGAUAAGAAUUGCCGUGUUCAAGUGCUUCCUGUGUGCUGGCGCCAUCUUCUAGACUUUCCUUACCGAGGAGUCCGGCAGAACAGAAAGGAACUGGAUCUCACUGAUGUAGAUGCUCUCGAGGAUGAUGCCUACCCCAGCCUAUCCGAUAUAACACUGGAAAGUGUACCUGCUGUUCGAAACCUCAUUUCAGAUUUGGCUAUGGAUGUACUUCUGUACCAAAGCGGGUACUGCGAACACAUCUCUAAUAUUGUCAUUCAAGAAUGCAAUCGAAUCCUCCGGCUGUACCGCAAGGAAAAUCCUUCUUUUAAGGGUUCAGUCAGCCUCUGCGGCCAUUCGCUUGGAAGCGCGAUCCUAUUUGACAUUUUGUGUCACCAGCCGGGAACCAAUACCAGGCCGAAUGGGGUCUCCAAGGGAAAGGCCCAUGAGAGUGAUGACUCAACCCCCGACGGUUCGGGUGCAUUUGAUUUUGACUGCGAAGAGUUUUUUUGUCUGGGGUCACCCAUUGCACUCUUUCAAAUGCUCAAGGGUAAGACGAUUGGUGGAUACUCUGCCUUGGAUCCCCGAAAUCGCAAAAAUGCUCUGGAUGUUGAGAUUGACAUGGACUCACAUGGUCCUGGGCAUGCGCUCGGUGGCAAUCCCGGUAUUAUCUCAACGCCAAAGUGUCGAGAUCUCUACAACAUCUUCCAUCCUUCUGACCCGGUGAGCUACCGGGUUGAGCCUCUGAUAUCUCCAGCGAUGGCAACCCUGAAGCCCCAACCUCUACCCUCAGUGAAGAAAAGCCUCUGGACGACCUCUGGUCAAAGUCUAUCUAUUCUCGGUAGCCGCAUGGGCCAAAGUGUAGGAUCUCUGUGGACAAAUUUCACCACGGGGGUCGCAAGCAGUUUGCUGAAUCGCAGCUUGGGUCUCAAUGGUGAUGAUAGCUUGUCGGCUGCUCGGGAUUCUGGUAAGCCACGUGACGAAUCAACCCAUAGACGGUCACAGUCAGGCUCGACUCAGCAUGGGUCCGAGGGGCCCGAUGAUCACUAUCAGACAUUGAUCGAGUCCGAUCUGGAAACUCUUUACGACGGUUUCCAAAAAAGCAGAAGUGUUCAUCAUGGCGAGAGUCCAGACCCCGAUGCCGACACUAAUCAAGACCGUAAGCUGAAAUUUGAAGACGCUAAAGUGCGUGCCUUGAAUGCAAACGGUCGGGUGGACUACAGCAUCCAAGAGUAA